AGCUGCUUGACUAGUGGAUACGGAGCUCUUGAGAAAUUGUGGUGCUUGCAUCGUGGCAAUUAUUGUGCAAACCGUGAUCGCGCUUUACCGAAUCUAGUGGACGCGUCUGCUCAAUUAAGUGGUUUGUUAUUCAUCCAGUCCACAAUUCUCCAGCUAUAAAACUCGCUGCUCGACAUGACAUCUUCCAUCAACUCAUCUUUGCUUCAUUCGCAUCAUGAUAUUCUUCACUGAACCUGUCCGAACGAGUCCCUAUUCUCUCGACUACUAUCCCCACUACCGCCCCGUAGUCUUACUCUCUGCGCGUGCGCGUGCUACCCGGUAUCUUUCCGAGCAGCGUGAACGUGCAUGGGCUCUGCGUUACCAGCAGCAGCCUCUGAAUCAGCCUACCCCAAUUGCCCUCCUCGCUCAAGAGUGCGACGAAUUUCCCGACCAGCAGUGCAUCAUGCACGUCUUGCGUACCUGUGCCCCGCAGCAUGAGGACAAAAUUGGCCACAUCAUGGCCUGCAAGCACACUGAAAUGCGGCAUGCCAACCACGAAGUACGGCAAAUAGCUGAAAUGCAGUGGACCGCGAUCCAACAGUUGCAGGAUAUGGCUGAUUUACGAUCUGACAUCGAGGAGGCACAGAUUUUUGCUCACCACCGUGCAAAUGCCGAGAAAUUCCUCGAGGAAGCUGAGACCUACCUCGAGGAUUUUCUACCUCCGGAUCAGGAGCCAUGCCUGACUAACUUUGAGCCUUUUGAUCUGCCUGAUGAUUCUAUCUCAACUUCCACCUCCGAGGUCAUUGUCCAGGAUGAGCCUUUACUCGAGGACGUAAUGGGAGACUGUGUUAUGACAGAGAGCCAUCGUGCGGCAGAGUACCGGUCUGAAGUGCUCAAUACGCUCCAGUCGAUCCUUGGCUGUCUUUCUGCAGACACUUCGACUGAACUUCCCGAACACGUUCUUGUAUCAUCCACUACCGCGGAGACUUCUGGCUCGGUGUGAGCUGAAGCGGUGUCAUAUUGUUCCAGGCUUGAUCCUCUUGUAUCUUUUAAUUUAGAUAUCACCUAUGUUCUACGUAUACUUGGUUCAUAUUACGGUGCUCCAGAUUGUACUAACAAAUUGAAAAUGCAUGUAAGGGACGCAUCAAUCAUCGACGAUUACCCCAGCGCAUUCUAUGAAGCACAGGA